GUGGUGCGGGGCGCGGUGAACACGCCGGAGGCCCUCCAGCGCGCCUUCGACCUGGAGGAGGAGAGAAAGCGCUGGGACGCUGAGCUGGGCGCCUGGGUGGACGUCCACUGCAACCUCAGGGAGGAGGCCGAGCAGGCCAACGCCGAGGAAUCCGACGCCGAGGAGCCGGACGGCGAAGGCGAGCCGCGCCUCGACGCGGACGGCCGCCCCGUCCGCGUCACGGACAAGGAGUACUACGACGUGCUCGAGGUGUCCCCGAACGCCUCCGGAAUGGAGAUCAAGCGGGCGUACUACAAGAUGGCCGUGAAGGUGCACCCCGACAAAAACCCGGACGACCCUGCCGCGGCCCAGCGCUUCCAGCAGCUCUCGACGGCUUACCAGGCGGGCGCGCUCCCCCAGGAGGGCGGGGGCGGGGCGGCCCGGUACAUUGGCAAGCUGUGGGUGGCGAUGCAGACCGACAAGCUUGCGAAGGGCCUGCAGAAGGACUUCGACCGGCACCGCAGGGACGACGGCUCCGACGGCGCUCCCGCGCGUGACGUCCUCGGAGACGCCCUCGAGCGGGAGAUGCGCUGGCAGAGCGACGGCAGGAAGGAGAAGUGGAUGCAGCGCCAGCAGUUCCUGCGACUGGUCAAGUGCGCGGUGAGCCUCCGAGACCAAUUGAGCAAAUGGGUGCUGGAGCGCGACGAGGCCGGGUUCAUGGCCCAGAUAUCCCAGGAGGCGAAAGAGCUGACGCACGUCUCGUUCGGCGGUCGCUUGUUGCGGACCAUCGGCGCCGUGUACGAGGCGAAGGCGGAGGAGUUCUUGAUAUCCUUGCACGGGAGCUUCACGCUCGACGCGCAGCUCGUCUCGUGGCGCGACAGCAUCCGCGCGACCAGCGUCAAGGUGCAGGCGGUCUCGAGCGUCGCGAAGUCCGCGAUGGUCAUGAAGAAGAUGCACGACGUGGCCGGCGCGCACGCGGAGGAGGACCAGGAGAAGAAGGA